CUUCCAUUUCAUCCUUAUUGCCAACCUUCAAUUCACAUCAAUGCCUCCCAAACUACGCGGCUCGCUCACAGCGAGCCUUGCGCACGCGGGUCGAGACUCCGUCACAGUCUUUUACUGUCCCUCCUGCUCUACCUGGCGCCGAAACACCAAAACCGCCCUCACUCUUGCGCGUCGUGCCAACAGCACCAUCGGCGUUGCUUCCUCCAACUCAUCACAGCAAUCACAGCCCCUAGAUUUCCGACCUCACACUCAUCCGAUACCCUCCACACCUGCUCCGCGACCCCUCAAUAACACCGUUCCUGUCGUUCAUGCCGGUGGCCGCAACAUCCCCCCGCGGCUGAAAAGUCUCCACACGACGCUCGACCAGCUCAAAGAUGUUGCGCCCGAGCAAGUCAAUCUUAGUCGGUUGCAGUUGGCAAUGAGGGGCCUGGAGUCGGAGACCCCUGUGAUUCGUGUUGCUGUGCUGGGCUUGAACGAUGCCAGUGCGGCGCGCAGACUGGUGAAACUGCUGCUGGCAGACCCCCUGAACGGAAAGGAAAGCUGGGAGGACUUGUUGGAGGAAAUGGGUGCGGGGGCGGGAGGUUUGGAGAGAGGACUCUUGAUCCGGUGGGUCUGCUCUCUACAGAAUCUACCAUCAACAGGAAAGGAAAAACAUUGGCUAACUUUCGCAUCCUGCGAUGAAAACAGUUACGGCCCAGUUUCGCAGAGCAUACCCAAUGAUCUUCUCCCGACCAUCUCGAUCCCCUCGCCGAUCCUGAAGAAAGGCAACCUGGAGAUCCUGAUCACCGGCCUGGGCGCGGAUACCCGUGCGAAUACCAAGUUCACAGCCGAUACAUUCCUGGUGCCGACGGUGACGAUCCAGACCUCGCAUUCGGGCCGGCACAAUAUGGUGCGGUACCCGGUGCACCGGAGCAUUGUGUGCGGCAGCGGCGUCGAUGGAUUCUUGGCUUACAGCGGGCUGAUGGCCCGCUCGGAUCUCAAGAACGAGGCGGGGUCGGUCUACGGCGCGAUCGAGCUGCCGGUGACCAACCCGGAGAAGUACAACAAUGGACGGGUCGCGUUUGUGGACAUCGACAAGGCGGACGAGGCGUUGGCCAGGUUCCGUGAGUCGGUGCAGAACGCCUCGCUCUACGAACGCGGGUGGAACAGCAGUGGUGUGCAGCCCGUGGUUGAUUGGCUGACUGCGCUACGGGCGGAGGCGGGCAGUACGCUGGAUCCCUCGCUGCGCAGCCUGAUCACGUCGCUACUGGAUGCGGCAGAGGCUGGUGUCGUCGCGGAGGAGACACAGAGGAUCCAGGAGCAAGAACUGGGCUUGGUGCCAGUGGAGGUGAGGGAUGGGUUGGAUCGUUCCGUGUCGGAGUGGGCGGAAAAGGCGCACACGGAGCUCCGCGGCGCACUGGAAGAAGGGUUCGCCAGCAAGCCAUGGAAGGGUCUUGCGUGGUGGAAGCUCUUCUGGCGCGUGGAUGACGUGGGCAUGAUUACCGGGGAGAUCCUGGAUCGCAAAUUUCUGCGUCAGGCUGAGAGGGAGGUCAUCUGGACGGCUGGUCGGUUCCAGCAGGCCGGACUGGUGGAGACCACUCCGGGGUCCAGUCCAACAGAAGAACCAUCGUGGCCGACUCAGAUAUCCACACGACGGACCAAGCUGGUAGAAACGACGGCGCCGGCACUGCAGGCGUUGGCGCAGCGACUCGUGCUGUUCAGCAUGUCCACAACCACUCUAUCUUCGGCGCUGUCGAUCCUGGCCUAUCUCUCUUGGCCUGCCGCGUCUGUGUACGAGACCUGCACGAUGGCAGCGGUUGGUCUGAUCUACUCGCUGCGCCGCCAGCAGCGCAAGUGGGAAAGCGCGCGGACCUGGUUCGAGAACGAGGCCCGCGAGGACGGUCGCACGGCUCUGCUCGAGACGGAGGACCAACUCCGUGGCAUUGUGCAGCGAGGCGGACGCCCCGUGGAGGAGGAGGUCCCGGUGUCUCCCCUUGAGACUCGACAGGCCAUCGAUCGAGCGCGCAAAGCUCUCGAGGAGGUCGACUAGAUACACCCUAGACUUUUCACCCUGUAUGUACUGUACCACUAUGAAGCAACAAAAAUGAAUAUCGUACAACAUCCCAUCCAUAUUUUUUUGUCUUCAAGAGAUCUCCACACUGCCCUCCGGCACGCCCUUCCAGCUCCUCAACCUCCUGGCUAAGAACUGCAUGACGGGCAACAUCUCGUCUCGAUUUCUGGGCAUCCCAUCCCCGCGGCGAGCAUACCGAUGAACCUCGACAAACUCAAACCAAUCCUUCGUCCUGCGUACCGCACUAUCCGUCACAGCCACCGAAUCCCUCCCCGCAACCACCAACACCGGCGUUCGAUUCCUUUGGGUUGUUGUAUUCUUGACCGCGGA